AUGUCGACUGAAACCAUAAGCAUAGCUGCGUCUUCGCAAGAUUCUUUCUCGCGCCUGCCAGAGGAGGUGGUCACACGCAUCAUGAAGUGCCACUACAACAACUAUAUCGGAGGUGUGCUUCUCUGCUGUGAGACGUUUUUUCCAAAGGAUCCAGGCUUCUUGACAGACCUUUGUUCUUACGCUGCUGAACUAUACUGGUGUGCAGACGACGAACGCAAGUAUGGUUAUCAGCCAGUGGCCACUACAAUCGACGCAACAAAGAUCCAGGAGGUCCUGAAGAUCCGGCUUGUCAACAAACUCUUCGCUCGCUGCAUGCUUGACGCCUUUUUAAAGAGUCCCAUCAUAUUUGAGCAUGUUUCAUACGAUUGGACAGAUCCGGGAAAGAUUUUUUGGUUUCUACCUUGCCAGAUCGAGCCAAAGCUUGCCCAGCGUGGUGGACGCAUUCAAGCUGAAUACUACACCAGGGUUCCCUACACGUACCGCUUUGUUUGGAAUAAGACCGACAUCCAUGGGCCCUUGAGGCGAUAG